AUGGCUCGGUCAUUUAGCGCACCGGGGAAGGCCCUCUUAGCAGGAGGUUAUCUUGUGUUGGAUAAACAGUUCAAAUCGUACGUUGUAGCGCUCAGUGCACGAAUGCACGCUGUGAUCUCCGGCACUGAAGUUGAUGGGCUUGAGCAUACUGUGAUAACCAUCAAGAGCCCACAGUUCGCACAGGGUGAAUGGCGUUAUUCCAUUAACGAUGAUAAUGGCGGACUCGAUAUUGUUGAAGCUAACGGAAGAGUUAAUCCGUUUGCGCAAUUGUCGGUGCAGACGGUUUUGGCGUACGUAGCCUCGUCACCAAAUCAACAGAGGAAGAGCAAGUCAGAGAUUGAGAUCACAAUCUACUCUGACUCCUCGUACCAUACUGUGGAGAACACCGUGAAGAAAACUCACGGUGCGAAAGUAUUCCACUACCAUUCUGAUGAAAUCACCAAGAUUGCGAAAACCGGAUUGGGAUCAUCAGCUGGCCUUGUCACUGUGUUGACGACGGCGCUGUUGUCAUACUAUGAACCGAGUGUGGACUUGGAAGAUCCGAAGACACUUCAAUUGAUUCAUAACCUAGCGCAGGUGGCUCACUGUCAAGCUCAGGGGAAAAUAGGAUCAGGCUUUGACGUCGCUGCUGCCACGUUUGGUUCCAUCACUUACAGGAGGUUUGAUCCAAAGCUGAUUUCUGAGUUGAAACCGCUUGCGGAGUGCUCAACGCUUGAAGAGUAUCACAACUCUCUCAAGUCACUGGUGGAGUCUCGAGACUGGGAUAUCCACAUGGUUCCAGUGGCAUUACCACACGGGGUUAAGCUUCUUAUGGGAGAUAUCAGAGGAGGUUCCAACACUCCUAAAUUGGUGAGUAAAGUCCUCAAGUGGAGAGAAACCGAUCCAAGGAGUGCCAGUGUAUACGAAGGCAUAGAUAGGGCCAAUAUGACGCUGGUGGACUGUCUUUCCUCGCUGAACACAAUGUUCAGAGAGCAUCCAGAGUCUUAUAAGGCUUUGCUCCAUGAGCUAUCUAGUCUGAACUCACACGAGAUUGCUGGUCUUAACAAGCCAUCGUUCUCACUGCUGCACAGACUUAUUGGCUCCAAUAGCACAAUCAGACACAACAUGAGAUACAUAACGAGGGAAUCCGGCGCAGAGAUUGAGCCUCAGCAACAGACCGCACUCCUCGACAGUUGUUUGCAGAUCCCCGGUGUCCUGGCUGCUGUUGUUCCAGGAGCCGGAGGCUAUGAUGCCAUUUGUCUACUGGUCAUUGAGGAAUCAUUGGAUGCUUUCUACAGGCUUACACGCAACGACCCAAAGUUCAGCAACGUUACAUGGAUGGACUUAAGAGAAGAGGCCAGAGGCAUUGUCGAGGAAGACGCUCUCGACUACGGCCAUUGA